AUGUCGCUCAAGGUCGGCAUCGUGGCCGUCUUUUGUUCCAGCCUCGCCUUAGAAGCGAGCAGUUUAAGGGUGCAGGUGCUGGAUGCUGCAGUGAUCCAGCAGACCCAGCUGCCGGUCCCGGGGUUGACAGCCUUGCCCAUUCCUAGGUUCAACCUCAUGAUAUGGCUGACAAAUGUCAUCUUCCCGUCAGAAGCACCGCAAUCAUUCCGAACACAGUUUACCGCGAAGGGGUGCCCCAUUUGGUACGUAGACCCGAACCGGCCUCCUGCGUUGUUCGGUGAAGAUUUCAUCGUGACGAAUGGCUGGUCGUAUGACCCGUCUUCCCGCACAAUCGACUAUUAUGGCGGCGACGAGAUGAUAGAGCCACAGCAUCCGUUCCCCUUCUUCUUUCUGCCACGCCGUGCCACAUCCCGUUCAGCGCUUAUCAAACGGAACUUCCUCUGUCAAAACUCGCGCGUGCAGACAGAGGUCAUGCUCGGCAGCGCACGCCAAGCGGGCGUGAUCUUCAGAGGCAUAAGCGAAAGAAACUUUUGGGCGUUCCUUUUGACCUCUGGGAACGGGCUGGAACUUGUGCGCGUAAAAGAUGGAGAACGCCUCGUCCUAGCGACCAUUUCAUCAAUGAACGUCAUGCCUGGUCAGUGGUAUUCUAUUGCAGUCGAGGAGCAGCUCGGGGACAUACGAACCACUGGAGGUGUGGCCGGGGAGAGACAGCAGUCAACCGUGUACCGUGCGCAAGCGGAUGAAGAGUUUUCCCCUCGCGGGCGAGAGAGCGGCACAGGCAACCCUCAAGCGAUUGCAAAGCAGCUGCAGACAUCCCCCGAAGCCAUAGCUGGCUCGCUAGGGCAGGAUAUCGCCAUUAUAAAGGAGCUUCCGGAAGAUGUAAAGAACUGGUGCCCUUAUGGUGCACGGUGCGCCGGCAAUCCAUUCGAGGACUGA